GUCCAAUGAAAACCAGACAAACGUAAGGGAUCGUCAGGAUGCGGAGCCAAUGGGAGAAUGCUGCGCGGAGCAUGCCGGGAUGAUGGAGAAUUUUUCCGCUCUCUUUGGUGGGGCAGAGCCGCCUCAGUCUACUACAGCUGCUGCUCUGGGGUUUGGUCCGGGAAAACCCGGAGGGCCCGGGAGUGGACCACCCCCUAUACCUGCGGUGACUGCCGCUGGAGAAGAAACUGCACGCAAAGCGGCGGCUGUCGGCCCUUUUUACCUAAUGCGCGAAUUGCCAGGCACCACUGAAUUAACAGGGAGCACCAACCUUAUUACCUACUAUAACCUGGAACAUGCUUACAACAAGUUUUGUGGCAAAAAGGUGAAGGAGAAGCUCAGUAACUUCCUGCCUGAUCUGCCAGGGAUGAUAGAUCUUCCAGGCUCUCAUGACAACAGUAGUCUGCGUUCUCUCAUUGAGAAGCCUCCCAUCUGUGGGAGCUCAUUUAACCCCAUAACUGGUACAAUGCUCACAGGCUUUCGUCUCCAUGCAGGCCCGCUGCCAGAGCAGUGUCGUUUAAUGCACAUCCAGCCACCUAAGAAAAAAAACAAGCACAAACAUAAGCAGAGCCGUACCCAGGAUCCUGUCCCUCCAGAAACACCUUCAGAUUCUGAUCACAAGAAAAAGAAAAAGAAAAAAGAGGAUGAUCCUGAGCGGAAAAGAAAAAAGAAGGAGAAAAAGAAAAAAAAGAACCGGCAUAGCCCUGAGCACCCAGGUGUGGGCAGCUCUCAAGCCAGCAGCAGUAGCAGCCUCCGGUAAAGUCCUGCCAGAAAGUAUGCUGGAGAGAGUGCUUCAGGAAGGUGCUGCAAGCUUGCUGACAAAAGGACAAGCAAUGACGGUGGAGUGACUGCUGAUUCAUAUACUUUCCUUUAACCUUGUGGAACAACUUGUAAAAGACAACUACUGGGUGGAACUUCUGAGACUCCACUAGGGAACAUACAGACUGCUUGUGACAUGAAGCACGCUGUUGUCUUUUGGCAGAGAACCUUCCAUUGUUUCAGGGGUUUUUUUUUGGGGGGGGGGAUGUGGUAUAAAAUGAUCCUGACUAAGUUGGGAUGUCUGUCUCAGAUUUUAAUUAAAUCUCUGUUGGAGGAGAUGCUAAUGAUUUGAAGGAA